AUGUCAACGACAUUUGCCAAAUUCUAUGAACCUAUUCUUCAAUACACACUGAAAGUCAGACAGGACACCCUACUGCGGAACCAACUAACUGUCAGACAGGACACCCUCCUGGGGAACCAACUGAAAGUCAGACAGGACACUCUACUGGGGAACCAACUGACUGUCAGACAGGACACUCUACUGGGGAACCAACUGACCAUCAGACAGGGCACCCUACUGGGGAACCAACUGACCUUCAGACAAGACACCCUAGUGGGGAACCAACUGACCGUCAGACAAGACACCCUACUUGGGAACCAACUGACCUUCAGACAGGACACCCUACUGGGGAACCAACUGACUGUCAGACAGGACACCCUACUGGGGAACCAACUGACCGUCAGACAGGACACCCUACUGGGGAACCAACUGACCGUCAGACAGGACACCCUACUGGGAAACCAACUGACCGUCAGACAGGACACCCUACUGGGGAACCAACUGACCAUCAGACAGGACACCCUACUGGGGAACCAACUGACCGUCAGACAGACACCCUACUGGGGAACCAACUGA